CUACACAACAAAAAAAAAAAGAAGGAAAAAAAUGGCGAGGAAGAAGGUGACCAUCGCCUGGAUAACCAACGCCGCCGCCAGGAAAGCCUGCAUGAAGAAGCGCCGCCUCAGCCUGAUGAAGAAAGUCCACGAGCUAUCCACCCUCUGCGGCGUCCAAACUUUCUGCAUCGUCCGCAGCCCCGACGACGACGAGCAACUCGCCCCCGUGGUCUUCCCUCCCGACGACGAGGGAGAAGCCAGCCGGGUGCUGACGAGGUUCCUCGCCUUGCCGGCGUACGAGCGGUCCAAGAGAACGACAAGCCAAGAGAGCUACCUCGUGAACCGGAUCGGCAAGCUCCAAAGUCGCCAGAAGCACGUCUUGGAGCGGAUGAACGAGCUGGAGCUGGCGUAUCUUAUGGACGAGGUUUUCUACGGGAAAGGGGUUGGUGGGCUUGGGCUUGAUGGGCUGGAUUGCUUGUCCUUGUUGCUGAAGGAGAAGCUGAGGGAGAUUAGGGAGAAGGCUGAGUUCUACGGGAGAGACCAACGAGGUAAGAGGGAACAGCAGGGUCCCAAGAAGAAGGCUAAAAGAGAUCGUCUUCAGGGAGUGGAGGGAAACGGUGUCGUUGUGCCUCAAAGUUCUGUUACGAAUGUGCUGCCGGUGUCGGGCGGCGACGGUGGCGGCGAUUUGUACGACGUGGUUGCAGGGUUUCUUGGGGACUUUGGCGGCGAUUUCCAGCUCCAGUCAGGUGAUGAUGAGAGCAAUGGUAAUAUUUGGCCGUUUGAUGGUGUUUUCCCUCCGAUGGAUUAGUAUAGUUUGUUUCAAGUUCUAGUUAUGGUUUUGUUAAACACAGUGGCUUGGAUUGGGUUAUUGUGAUUUGGUUAAUUUUUGUUCGUGCUUUAAUAGGGAUGAGAUUAGGUGCUAACCCUUAUAGGGGUUAGCACCGUAAUAACUAGCAAAAAACGCUACUAAAAAUAACGAAAUCACUACGGAUUAUUAUAAAAUCAAUACAACAUCUAAGCUAAAUCACUACUAAUUCAAACUAGUAGUAGUUUUUCCUUUGGUUAGGACGGUGCUAACUAUUGUACAAUUAGUAUCGUAGCCGUUCCCGCUUUAAUACAGUCAUUAGUAAUGGACUGUGAGUUAACAGAGUUGUUGGAUUAUGAUCUUUAUGAUGUUGGCUCCCCCCCCCCCCCCCCCACCCCCCACCAAUUUCAGCGUAAGUUUAUCAAUAAAAAUGGAUAUUGUUAGAUUCAUAAACAAAGAAAAAAAAUUGAUGUUGUAUAUUGAAUUACGAAUUAAAUUCAUCGAAUAAGUGUACUAAAUACGUCUAUUUCAAUUCCGUAAAAUAUACAUACGGAAUUGAAAAUGGGUGUAUUUUAAGGGAUUGAGAUUCCAUUUUGUGACCUGAUUUCUGGUAGCACAAUGCGAAUUCAAAUUCACUUCCAACAAUUUUUUAAGCUAAAUUCUUUUUCUGUUAUCAUGUUUCCAUAAAUUGUGUUUCUGUUAUUGGAUUGGCAAUUAAAUUCAUUGAAUACAUGUAUUGUACAUAUUAUACAUCUUAAAUACAUACUUAGUACGUGAGAUACCGAACAAAUAAGAAAAAUUAUACGGUCAAAUAAAAAUUAGAGAACAACUUGAACUUUUAAAUGCAUAUAAAAUAGUAUUAAAAUGGAUAAUUCAAUGUACUUGAAUCCAUUCUAUUGAAAACAAAAUACAAAUUGGAAUUCGCUUCCUACAAUUUUGAAACUUGAAUUAUUUUCUCGACUUAUCGUAUCUCCAUAAAAUUUGCUCAUAUACUAUAUUAAUAUAUUUUGAUGAGCAACAUCAUUAUAUAUUAUAACAUUUGGUUAUCCAACAUCACGUUUUUUGCUCUAACUCUUUUUUUUUCUUCUUCUUUCCCCCCUCUCUUUCUUAGAUUGUUGGUGGCUAGCUACAACCUCCUUCUAGUUCUACCGUUUUGCUUGUUCCGUUCACUCCAUAUUACUGUCCAUCCAAUUCGCUAGCUAGCUAAGUUGAAUCUUUUCAGAUUUUCUCUUCAUUAGAUAGCUGAUCUUGCAAAGCAUUUUCCUGCAUCCUUUAGGCAUCAAACACUUUUCGACAACGAAUAAGCCAACCUGAGAGUCGCUACAUCGAUUAAUUUACAAAUUAAAAUGUGAAAUCAAAGUGAUCCUGAAUA